AUGUGGUGCUUACUAGAGAUAAAUAUAUUUUUACAUGGAAGGAGUGGUUCAGAAGUCAGCCUUAAGAUAAGGUCUGCCAUAAAGGCGAAGUUGGUAGAGCUUGGGACAUAUGUAGAUGAGGAAUUACCAGAUUACAUCAUGGUGCUGGUUGCCAAUAAGAAGACUAAAGACCAGAUGGAUGAUGAUUUAAGCCUUUUCCUGGGUCAUAACACUGAACGCUUCACCUCCUGGCUUCACCAUGUAUUACAGAAGUUAAAUGCUGCUGCACUUUUACAAGUCACAACAGCACAACAAGAAGAACCCAAAAAAAAAGAUGCUGAAGAAGAUAAGAGAAGAGAUAGAGAAGAAGAGAAGAAGCGAGAACGGGAUGAAGAGAAGAAAAGGGAAAAGGCUGAAGAAAUGAAAAAGAUAAGGGAUGAAGAGAAAAGGAAGGCAAAGGAAAAAGAGAAAGCAGAUAGAAAAAGAAAAUCAAGUGAGAGAAAAGUUGACAGAAAAGAAAAAAAAGUAAAAAAGUCAGACUCUCCGGAUUCUCAAGAAAAAUCAUCGAGGGAGAAAAAAAUUAAUGUCGAAUCAGUUAAAGCAACAAAGUCAAAAGAUACAGUUAAAGAAAAAGAAAGUAAAGAGAAGAUUAAAUUAUUGUCUUCAAAACAGGAACUGGUUUCUACGGAAAAGACUCUAGUUGCUGCAGUGUCAGAUACAUCUGCUAAUACAGAGAAACAUUCUAGAAAACUCAAGUCACAAGUACGAGGGAAAGUGUCAUGUGCCGACAUAUUUCGAGCUGAGGCAGCGGGAGGUGGAGACCAAUUAAUGGUUGAAGAAGAAGAAGAUAUAGAAGAUAUGUUAGUUCUUAGGGCAGAUAUUGAUGAAUUGGGUCUUGAAUUAGAGGAUGAACCAGCCCCAAAGAAAAGUAAAGUUGAACAGAGACAAAAGAUUUCACCUCCCAAGGUGGAAGGGCGAGAAGAAUCAAAGUCUGAUACAAAAAUUACAUCAAAGAUAGAGUCAAAACAGAAGGUAAAAUCUAAACUUGAACCUGUAACUGCUCGAGUGUCAGCCAAGGAGAGAUUAGGAAUGGUGGUGCUUCCAAAGUCUGAUCAGCCCAGGGAAAAGCCUUCUGUGUUGGAUCGACUUGGCACUGCACCCUCAAGUGGAAGACGUGUGAUUAAUUUGCGGGAAGAAUCCAGCUUUCCCCCUCGCCCAGAGUCAAAUAGUGGGGCCUGCAUUAGUAUGGCACGAGCUGUUUCAAGUGCAAUAACUUCUGCCCACAGAUCUGUAUGUGUGCUGCCCUCUUCCUCCAGCUCAUCAGGCAAAAAGUUAGAGGCACGUGUAAGACCUCUCAUGUCAAAACAAGUUGAAUCUAGUCAUGAUGGAUCAAGUCGGGAAUUGUCUACAAGAAAUGUGACCCAGAGUCGAGAAGAAUCCACCAGAGAGAGCUCAGGCCGUUCUGUCUCAGGACGAGUUGUUUCAGCAGUUGGAGCUGUUUUGAAGAGGCCACACAGUCAGGUGGAUUCUGAUGAGGAAGAAUAUGAUCCAAAAAAGCCUCAACUAAGUGGCAUGGCAAGCAAGGUGGAGAAUCUUCCAGAAGCAAAGUUUAUCAACAAUGGAUUUGGUAUGGAGGAAGUAGAAGAGGUAGAAGAGGAAGAAGUUGUUGAUGAAGGAAUGGAUGAAAACCAACCUGUCUUGCCUGCUGCAUCUCAGCCUAGAGUGCAUCCUCUUACUGGGGUAGAGAACACUAAGUUCAUUGUCACUCUGGAAGGUGUAGACACUGGGGUCUUUUCCGUAAAGGAUGAGCAUCUAGACAUUAGGUCUCGAUUGGGAACUCGACCUAUUCACAGUGAUAAUUUAGAGGUUGUAGAGGAAUAUAUUGAAGAGGUGGAGGAGUUGGAAGAAGAAGAGGAAGAAGAAGAAACACUUGCUGAAACAUUACCAGCAGUUGGACAUAUUGCAGGUGCUAAGUCUCAUCUCAAGAGUACAGUUUCUGUUUUGGAUGCUCCACAUGGAGGUGGCAACAAAGAGCGGUGCAAAUUCUGGCCAUUGUGCAAGGCUGGAGAUUCUUGUCCCUAUCAUCACCCUACUGUUACGUGCAAAUCCUUUCCAUCAUGCAAGUUUGGUGACAAAUGUCUCUACGUUCAUCCCAAUUGUUUAUUUGAUGGGGCAUGUACCCGCAUUGGCUGCCCGUACACUCAUGCCAGCUCCAGAAACUUGGUUCUUGCAUCAGUGUCCCAGAAGCACAAGAUUGUAGCGCAAAGUCGACCAUCAAAAAUCAAGUGCAAGUUUUUCCCAAAGUGUACCAACAUGUCUUGUUCUUUCUUUCACCCAAAAGCCUGUUUUUAUGGAAUAUCAUGCACACAAGCAAAUUGCCCUUACACUCAUCCAACAAUACCAAUGGGAGCCAAACUUAAAUGGAUUGCUCCAAAGGCUUCUGUAGCACCGGUUUCAACUUCUACUGCUCCUAAUGACAAAGCUAAGGAAAUUGAAAGACAGGAUAAAAGUUUACUGAAAGACUAGAAUUCACCCAGAUGUAUAUCUAGAGAAUUAAUGAUAUACUGUGUUACAUACAUAGUUGCCUCUCCACCCAGUGACACAGGAAACUCGGUAAUCAUAAUCAGUUGCAUUUAGCAAUUUAUGCAGGUACUGUACUCUGUAUAAUCUGUAGGUGUAAAAACAUUUUUAUUGAUUAUAUUAAUAUUUGCAUUUAUAUUUGACUGAAAACUCGUCCCACCCUUUUACCAUCUAAAUUUAGAAAGUAUUUUCUGUGAAUAUGUGUAAUUACAUUGGAAAAUUUUAUCUUGUGUGUUGCAAAACACAAAUUUGUAGCAAUAGCUUUGAGAGACAGUAUAGUUGCUAUAGUUGUUAUGCUAUAACUCACUCCAUGUAGCAUUUUGAAUCUCUCGUAAUUAAAAACUUUUUCCAUCCUAUUCUGUAAACUUGAUGUGGAUUUCUUAUGGAACUUAAUAACCAGUCAUUUAUGAUGCAUUACAGUUCUUGUUUAUGAUAGCACUGAUUAUGCAGCAAUGAUGUUAUGCCUGAAUAUACUGAUGGUACAAUAUCAUUCUGAAUAGAUUAUCAGGUCGAGUUUCACCUGUUUAGUGAUGUAUUGUAUAUUAAUGCAUACAAAUUCCUACACUUAUUGAACAGCCUUUUUUCUUUCAACCUUGACUUCCCAGUGAAUUAAUUAGCAGAAAUGUGCAGGUAUUGAUAUUUUGAAGAUUUUUUUGUCAACCUAUGUAAAAGUAGGAGAAAUUCUAGUUUUUGCAUUCCACUUAAUGUAUAUACCAUAUAUACUCUAGUAUAACCCAAGCUUGUAUAUAGGUCAAUACUGACCUUUGGCCCAAAAAUCCUUAAUUUUUCAGGUAUCUUAUGUUGAGGAACUUGAACCCUUUUACUCUCAUGUAGAUCUGUCUCUGAGGCCAGUGUCGCUUACAUAGCUCUGUCUUAAUCAUAGCGCUCUCAGAUAUGCUGUGAUAGGUAAAUGUUAGCCUAGACAAGAGAUAAUAGAUCUAUGUGGUGGGUGUUUACAGCAUAAAAAGAAAAAAAUGACCCAAACAGUGCAUGAUGGUAAUUUCUUGGUUGUUUCUUGGUGUCAUUUGAUAGACAGGUAAACAUAAUAGAGCAGUGGAGGUGAUUUUGGUAAGUUUCAGAUCGGAAGUGGAAUGAUUUGGAGAGCAUAUGAAUCUGUAGGGGAAGGAAGACGGGGUAGGGGUCGUCCUUGAAAAGGUUGGAGGGAGAGGGUAAAGGAGGCUUUGUGGGUGAGGGGCUUGGACUUCCAGCCAGCAUGCGUAAGCAUGUUAGAUAGGAGUGAAUGGAGAUGAAUUGUUUUUGGGACCUGAUGAGCUGUUGGAUUGUGAGCAGGGUAAUAUUUUGUGAAGGGAUUCAGGGAAACCAGUUAGCUGGACUUGAGUCCUGGAAAUGGAAAGUACAGUGCCUGCACUUUAAAGGAGAGGGGUUUGGGAUAUUGGCAGUUUGGAGGGACAUCUAAGCUGUUGUAUCUGAGUGCCUCUGCAAAGACAGUGAUUAUGUAUGAGUGAUGGUGAAAGUGUUGAAUGAUGAUGAAAGCAUUUUCUUUUUGGGGAUUUCCUUUCUUGUUGGGUCACUUUGCCUCGGUGGGAAACGGCCAGUGUGGUAAAAAAAAAAAAAAUUUGCUAAGGAAGGGUAAACCCUUUUCCCCCUGGUCUGUUUCAUGGGCUUUUACUAGGUCUUAAAUUAUUUGAAUGGCCUAAACUGUAACAGAUCACUCUUAGUUAUAUUUGUGUGGUGAUGAAUUCAGUUUUAUAUAGAGAGGCUGGGAGACAUGAUUAGCAAAUAGAGGAAAGGUUGCUUUAGUAGCUGGAAUGCCUACACUGUUUAUUUUAGAUUAUUUUUAAAUUGGAAUUUGUUGAGUUUUGUGAGAAAUUGGCUAAAUUACUGUUUUCUGGAUACUACUUUAUAAAGUAGUUCUAAUAGUUUAACUGGCAAUUUCUUGUGCUAAAUAAAGAGGGAUGGAAUUAGCCUAAAAUAGGCCUCAAAGUGGACAAAAGUGCAGUUGCGCAAAGGGCUCCCCAUCCUUCAACUUCGUACCUGCAAAAUUCCAUAAGUUUUCCAUCAAAUUUCAUUUUUUUUUUUUAUUUUUUUUUUUUUUUUUUUUAUUCUUCUUCUUUCAACAAACCGGCCAUAUCCCACUGAGGCAGGGUGGCCCAAAAAGAAAAACAAAAGUUUUUCUUUUUAAAUUUAGUAAUUUAUACAGGAGAAGGGGUUACUAGCCCCUUGCUCCUUGCAUUUUAGUUGCCUCUUACAACACGUAUGGCUUACGGAGGAAGAAUUCUGCUCCACUUCCCCAUGGAGAUAAGAGGAAAUAAACAAGAACAAGAACUUGAAAGAAAAUAGCAGAAAACCCAGAGGGGUGUGUGUAGUAUAUAUAUGCUUGUACAUGUACGUGUAGUGUGACCUAAGUGUAAGUAGAAGUAGCAAGACGUACCUGAAAUCUUGCAUGUUUAUGAGACAGAAAAAAGGAUACCAGCAAUCCUACCAUCAUGUAAAACAAUUACAGGCUUUCAUUUUACACUUGCUUGGAAGGACAGUAGUAUCUCCCUGGGGAAUUGAUAUCUACCAACCUACUACUAUAAAAAAAUAGAAAUAUUCAGCCCAAAUAUUUGAUAACCAUAAUAACAGAGGAGCACUGCCAUAGGUCUAGUGCUCAUGCUAUUCAGGUCUAUCUUAAACCCAGCCAUUACAUAACAUACUGUAAGAAGAGGAGCACUGCAGUAGGCCUAUUGUCUCAUGUUAGACAGGUCAUACUCACCCAGAAAUUGCUUAACAUAAGAUAAGAGGAACUCUGCAGCAGGCCUCCUGACAGAUGCUAGGCACACCCCACUCAUAGCCAACUACAGUGGAACCUCUACUUGUGAGCACAUCCAUGUGCGAGUUUUUCAAAAUACGAACAGUCGAUGGGUCGAUUUUUUGUUUCCAUAUGCGAGCAAAAUUUCCAUAAGUGAGCAGACCUCAAGGCAGGUUCCUUGACGCUGGUGAGGGGAUCUUGCUCUUGAUCUAGGGAAUUGUAUCUCAUUUGUUUGUUGGACUAUCUUAUUGAAACUUGGGCAGUGUAUGAUGGAAAGAUGCUUCUUAAUGUAUACCAAAAAUGAAAAAAAAUCUAAGCAUAAAUAAUGGAGUUCACUUCUCAGCAAUUAGCCACCCCUUAGCGGUAUUUUCGUAUGGUUUUUAUGGUUGUAUUCUUGUUUUUUUGGUCUCUUUUGAUAGAAUGGAAGAUCUUUUCUUUCUUUCAACACACCGGCCGUAUCCCACCAAGGCGGGGUGGCCCAAAAGGAAAAACGAAAGUUUCUCCUUUUACAUUUAGUAAUAUAUACAGGAGAAGGGGUUACUAGCCCCUUGCUCCCGGCAUUUUAGUCGCCUCUUAUGACACGCAUGGCUUACGGAGGAAGAAUUCUGUUCCAUUUCCCCAUGGAGAGGAAUGGAAGAUAUAUUUUCGGAAAUAGAUAUGAUUUUGAUUGCUUUCACGAUGAAAAGUACCUUGAAAUUGAGCUCAACAUAGGAGAAAUGUUCGAUUGUUUUGGCUAUGUUCAAGAGUAAACAAAUGUCCAUUCCAAUAUGCAGUAGUGAAUGGGUUGACAUUAUUUAUACAAUUAUUGCAAUAUGGCAUAACAGUAAAUCUUAUAUUUUUUGUGUGAAUAAAAGUUACAAAUUAUUUAUAUUGUAAUAAUAAUAAUAAUAAUAAUAACGUAGUAUGUAUAAUAUGUUUUAGGUAGUAGGUUGGUAGACAGCAACCGCCCAGGGAGGUACUACCAUCUUGCCAAGUGAGUGUAAAACGAGAGCCUGUAAUUGUUUUACAUGAUGGUAGGUUUGGUGGUGUCCCUUUUUCUGUCUCAUAAACAUGCAAGAUUUCAGGUACAUCUUGCUACUUCUAAUUGCACUUAGGUCACACUACACAUACAUGUAUACAUACCCCUCUGGGUUUUCUUCUAUUUUCUUUCUAGUUCUUGUUCUUGUUUAUUUCCUCUUAUCUCCAUGGGAAAGUGGAACAGAAUUCUUCCUCCUCCAUAAGCCAUGCGUGUCAUAAGAGGCGACUAAAAUGCCGGGAGCAAGGGGCUAGUAGCCCCUUUUCCUGUAUAUAUUACUAAAUUUAAAAGGAGAAACUUUCAUUUUUCCUUCUGGGCCACACCACCUCAGUGGGAUACAGCUGGUGCGUUGAAAGAAAGAAAGAUGUAUAAUAUGUAUAAUAAUAAUAGUACAUAUAAUAAUAUAAUAUAAUAAUAAUAAUAAUAUAAUAUGUAUAAUAAUAAUAAUACAUAUAUAAUAAUAAUGUACAACAUAAUAAUAAUUAUAAUAAUAGAUGGCUUUAAAGGGCCGUCACUAGAUUGCAGUGUUUACCACAACAUAGAGGGAGCGGUUGUGGCUGCCCCCACCUGUUACAUAAUGGCAUAUUUUAUUCAUUCUAGAGUAUAUAUCAGGUUUCUGUGUUAUUUACAUUGUUUAUUAUUUCAUAUUAGAUGAACUGUGAUAGAUAAAUAAGCUGUAGAGUUGUUGAUAGCAAAAUAUUCAAUUGGUAUUUUGUCCUGUCUCCAGACAAACUCUCGUCCACCACCGACACUGCCCAUACCACUACAUGAAUUACAUAUUUAUUCAUUUUAGAGUAUAUUUAUCAGGUUUCUAUGUUAUUUAUUUAUUUAUUUUUUUUUUUUAACAAGUUGGCCGUCUCCCACCGAGGCAGGGUGACCCAAAAAGAAAGAAAAUCCCCAAAAAGAAAAUACUUUCAUCAUCAUUCAACACUUUCACCUCACUCACACAUUAUCACUGUUUUUGCAGAGGUGCUCAGAACACAACAGUUUAGAAGUAUAUACGUACAGUGGACCCCCGGUUAACGAACUUUUUUCAUUCCAGUAGUAUGUUCAGGUGCCAGUACUGACCGAAUUUUUUCCCAUAAGGAAUAUUGUGAAGUAGAUUAGUCUAUUUCAAACCCCCAAACAUACACGUACAAACGCACUUACAUAAAUACACUUACAUAAUAGGUCGCAUUUGGAGGUGAUCGUUAAGCGGGGGUCCACUGUAUAAAGAAUACACAACAUAUCCCUCCAAACUGCCAAUAUCCCAAACCCCUCCUUUACAGUGCAGGCAUUGUACUUCCCACCUCCAGGACUCAAGUCCGGCUAUAUAAAAUAGCCGGUUUCCCUGAAUCCUUUCACUAAAUAUUACCCUGCUCACACUCUAACAGCUCGUCAGGUCCCAAAUACCAUUCGUCUCCAUUCACUCCUACCUAACACGCUCAUGCACGCCUGCUGGAAAUCCAAGCCCCUCGCCCACAAAACCUCCUUUACCCCGUCCCUCCAACCCUUUCGAGGAUGAUCCCUACUCUGCCUUCCUUCCCCUACAGAUUUAUACGCUCUCCAUAUCAUUCUACUUUGAUCCAUUCUCUCUAAAUGACCAAACCACCUCAACAACCCCUCUUCAGCCCUCUGACUAAUACUUUUAUUAACUCCACACCUUCUCCUAAUUUCCACACUCCGAAUUUUCUGCAUAAUAUUUACACCACACAUUGCCCUUAGACAGGACAUCUCUACUGCCUCCAUCCGCCUCCUCGCUGCAGCAUUUACCACCCAAGCUUCACACCCAUAUAAGAGUGUUGGUACUAUUAUACUUUCAUACAUUCCCUUCUUUGCCUCCAUAGAUAACGUUCUUUGUCUCCACAUAUACCUCAAUGCAUCACUCAUCUUUUUUCCCUCAUCAAUUCUGUGAUUAACCUCAUCCUUCAUAAAUUCAUCCGAUGAUACGUCAACUCCCAAAUAUCUGAAAACAUUCAGUUCUUCCAUACUCCUCCUCCCCAAUUUGAUAUCCAAAUUUUCUUUGUCUAAAUCAUUUGAUACCCUCAUCACCUUACUCUUUUCUAUGUUCACUUUCAACUUUCUACCUUUAUACACACUCCCAAAUUCGUCCACUAACCUCUGCAAUUUUUUUUUAGAAUCACCCAUAAGCACAGUAUCAUCAGCAAAAAGUAACUGUUUCACUUCCCAUUUUGUAUUUGAUUCCCCAUAAUUUAAUCUCACCACUCUCCCGAACACCCUGGCAUUUACUUCUUUUACAACCCCAUCUAUAAAUAUAUUAAACAAUCAUGGUGACAUUACACAUCCCUGUCUAAGACCUACUUUUACCGGGAAGUAGUCUUCCUCUCUUCUACACACCCUAAUCUGAGCCUCACUGUCCUCAUAAAAACUCUUUACAGCAUUUAGUAACUUACCACCUAUUCCAUAUACUACUUGCAACAUCUGCCACAUUGCUUCCCUAUCCACUCAAUCAUAUGCCUUUUCUAAAUCCAUAAAUGCAAUAAAAACUUCCCUACCUUUAUCUAAAUACUGUUCACAUAUAUGCUUCAAUGUAAAUACCUGAUCUACACAUCCCCUACCCACUCUAAAACCUCCUUGCUCAUCCGCAAUCCUACAUUCUGUCUUACCUCUAAUUUAUAUUGUUUAUUAUGUCAUGUUAGAGUUGAUAUUAGGAAAUUUUUGAAGCACAGAAUUCCACUGGAAUGGAUUAAUUGUAUUUCAAUUAAUUUAAAUGAGGAAAAUUGAGUCUGCGAACGAGCAAAUCCAGUUGCGAGCAAGGUCAUGGAACGGAUUAAACUCGCAAGUAGAGGUUCCACUGUAUUCCUAUCUUAUCUAUUGCUAAAUUUACUCCAGUCUUGCUUUUUUUCUUGUGUGUGUGUAUGUGUGGGUAUGUAGGCACUAUCACCAAUUGUUAUCUCCAGCAAAAUUUGAUUACCCAUGGUAACCUUCAGCACUCUCAAUAAACAGUUAAUAUACCAAGCACAUUGAGAGUUUAUGUAGUGUUCAGUUUAUGUACAUAUAGUAAGUUCAUGUUUGUUUGGUAGUGAUGAAGAGCUGUAAAUUUAUUAUUUAGAUUGUUUUGUUUCUCAUCACAGAAUCCAUGUCUAGUACGUGGCAGAGGUUGGUUGGCAGGGAAGGAUGAGGGAUUUGGUUUGCCUUGAGGGGAGGACUGGGGGAUGAAUGGGUGACACCCUUUCUUUCCUCUCCCCAUGCAAUUAUCUGCAACACCCUUCCCCAUACAAUAAUAAACUGAACAGUAAUAUUUGUUUACAUUAUCCUAUGCAAUCAUUAUUUGCAUUUCAUAUAAUAAACUGAAAAGUGAAAUAAAAUAUUAGUUAGUCUUAAGGAUGGGAACAGUGGCCAGUCUGACAGCUUUACAAUGAUCACCUGCUGUGUUUUAAAGUGAGAGAAAAAUGAGUUUUCCAUCAUAUCCAAGUAUUUGUUUUUCAUUUGAUUAUAUGUUGUACUUUAUGUACCUUUUAUUUAAGAAAAUUACCUUUAACCUAGCCUAGUUGAACCUAACAUACACCAACUUGGAGUUUGACCAGGUCUCCCAGGAACCGGCCCAGAUAUCUCUUGAGCCUGACCAGGUCAUCCUGGAGCCUGACCCGGUAUCCUUGAUUGCUAACCAAGCCUCCUAUGAAACUACUGGAUAUUAUAUUAGUAACCUUAUUUGUGGAAUAUGGUUACCAAGUAUGGUUUUGCCCUCAGUAUACCAAAGUAGGAAGCUAAUGUACAGUAGGCCCUCUAUGUAAGGUUUUUAACCUCUCAAAAGUGUUACAUAUGAAUGGGUCAACCCCCCUACAUUUUGCCUAAAAAAUUGAGCUUAACACCUCAUACUAUACUUGAGUAUAUAUGGUAUAUGAUUUCCAGUGGCAGAAAUAAAAGCAUCAUAGCAGCUACCUUUCACAGUAUACAUAGACAUGCAUUAGUGAUAUUGAAAAACGUUCUCUGGUGUAAGAAGUAAGAAGUAGAAUAUUAAAAGAGUUUACCCCUUAGACAAUUUUUGAUACCUCACAAGUAGACCACACUAAAGAAAUUAUUACUGUUUAAAAUAAGAAAAUCAGAUCAGUUUGGUGAACCUGAUUUGUGUUACACUUAGUAUGUGAAUUUUUAUUGCAGAGAAAAUAUAUAUGUAGACUAAAAGGAAUUAUAUAAUUUUUGGGCAAUGUAUUAUUCAGCUGUAUUAUUUUAGCAAUUCACACUGGUCUCACAGUCAGUACAUUUACUGUAUUACAUAAAACAUUAUUAACAAAAUAUCUUUUGGUCAGAAGUGCAAUACAUACAAUGAGCCUUGACAUCCACUGCAUACUAAUUUUUAAGGAGAAAACUUUGAUAUUUGUGAAGAAUUCUCGAUCCAUGGAAUUGGAGAUACUCCUCUCUUUUGAUCAGCCAUGAUUACCAUCUAUUCUUCAAAUGCUGUAUGACCCUUAUGGAUUUAGUAGUCCCUAUGAUAAUAAAUUAAUAACUAGUUCACACAAGCUCAUUUGUGUUAUGGCACUGCUGCAACCUUUCCAAAGUUCUGUGUAAAGAUGUGGAAAAAUAAUUAAACAAAUAAAACAUGCACACAUACAGUAUGUAUAUAAAUAUAUAUACAUAUGGUAUAUGAAUGAUAUUUAUAUAUUUUUUUUUUUAACACUGGUCUGUCUUGAUAUAGCUAUAAGUAGAAUCUUUCAUAAGCAGUUCCUCUGAUAAAAUAUUUAUUAUGGAAUGUAAAUGUUUAAUUUUUCAUACAGAUUUGACUCUAUUAUAAGUGAAACAUGUAAUUCUUCCUCAUUUUGAAAUCAAACAAUCUGAUGAGUAAAUGAUGCUUCCUCAAGCAUAUGCAGAUAGUACAGUACAGUACAAGGAAUGUUAUUUCUCUGAUACUUAGGGGCUUAAGUGCUGUAAAUUUACUGAAUACAGUAUGUAUACUGAAUACAAAAUUCAGAUAACAGUAUCCACUGAUCAGAACAAGCUAAAUUUUCAUAAUUAUUUAUAUACUAAAUUAGGAGAUAUAUAUUUAUCUUUAAUUUAUAAUUUACAGUAUAUCGAUUUAAAAUUAACAUGAAAUUAAAGAUUAAAAUAAAUAA